AUGCGUACCCUCUCUGAAACGGACAGGAACACCUUACCUAGGGGUUGGGUGAGACAGGCGGUUAUGGGGGUGCUCAGGUGGAAGGACGUACCACCUGCGACCGGGCGGAUUGAUACUUUGCAUAAGGGAACAACGUUACAGCCUCCGCCAGUCGCCCGUCAACAAAGCCAACCGGCGGAGUCCCAAAAGGAUGAUCGCCUGUACGCGAACAACAACAUCAAAAUAUCGCCGAUCGCGACGCCGGCCGGUCAAACGCCGCCCUCGUCGCCGCAUCAGCCCACCCAGUCGCAGAGGCUCCUCCAGGAGGUCCUGUCGCGGCCGGGGCCCUAUCCGAUGAUCGCCGUGCCGCCGAAGGGCUACUGGGUGGACGGGAGCGAUCACGACGAACGGUUCGAUCACAGGGGAUCGCCCAUCGUCCCGCACCCGAACUGGAGGGCCAAAAUCGAAACCGACGACACGGCCAAAUGUUACAGAAGAUUCUUCGUUGGCAGGGAGCAUUCCUCCCUGAUAGGCCACGACGAAACCCAUGGACCUGUGCUACUUUCGAUUAAAACCGAAAACGUAGCGAACCAGGAACACACGAGAAUUCUGCUGAGGCUCAGGAGUGGUACCAUGCACGAAAUAGUACCCACAUCAUGUCUGGGCUCCGCACCGUCGCCCGCCAAAAUGGCCAAACUCCUCAACGAACAGUUGAACGUGGAAAAUUUUGUACCUGUCUUGCACCCCAAAGCCUCCCAACUGAUAGCCAAUUACGACGAGCACGUUCUAGUGAGCCACUUCAAAUUCGGCGUUUUGUACCAACAGUUCGGCCAAAUCGACGAGGAGGAGCUCUUUUGCAACAGCAUCACCACGCCGGCUUUCGACGAUUUCCUAACCUUGCUAGGACAAAGGAUCCAACUCAAAGACCACAAAGGAUACCGAGGGGGAUUAGACAUACAAAACGGCCAUACCGGCGACACGGCCGUUUACGAAAUCUUCAAGGAACGAGAGAUCAUGUUCCACGUGUCGACGCUGCUCCCGUUCACCGAGAACGACCCGCAGCAGUUGCAAAGGAAGCGGCACAUAGGCAACGACAUCGUCGCCAUAGUGUUCCAAGAGGAGAACACGCCGUUCACGCCCGACAUGAUAGCAUCGCAUUUUCUGCACACAUUCAUCGUGGUGCAAGUCAUCGAUCCCAAUUCCCCGAACACAAGGUACAAGGUGAGCGUAACGGCCCGCGACGACGUCCCCUUCUUCGGGCCCACCCUGCCGACACCGGCCAUCUUCAGGCACGGCCCCGAAUUCAAGGAGUUCCUCCUCACGAAGCUGAUCAACGCCGAGAACGCCUGCUACAAGGCCGACAAGUUCGCCAAGCUCGAGCUGCGGACGCGCACCUCCCUGCUGCAAUCGCUCACCGAGGAGCUCAAGCAGAAGACCACCGAAUUCCUCGGCGGCAACGCCAACCUGACGCCCGGCACGCCGAAGAGCGACUCCGGCCCCGGCUCGCGGUUCAUAGACACGGUGAAGAAGGCGUGGAGCGCCCGCGUGAAGACCAGCCAAAGCGUGGACAACAAUCUGAGCACCAACGGGCACGAGAAGCUCUCCAAAAAGGGCUCGCAACCGACUAUAUCCGAAUCUACGCCAUCGAGCGGCCGAUCGAUCUCCAAGGCUUCCAUGACCUCCAACGGCAAGAAAUCGAGCAGUCCCACGUCGUCGACGACGUCCUCUCCGGACCUGACGGCGCACGCGCACAACAGGCAGGCCCCGUCCGAAGCCAGCGACGAUUCCUCAUUGACCAGCGAAGAGGACCUGGAGCACCUGGCGGGCGGUUACAUCGACAGCGAUACGGGCCUGGAGAGCAUGUCCAGCGCCGAAACGGCGGCGAAGGCGUGCAGCCUGUGCCAGGACAGGCCGGGCAGCACCGCCGGGCCGACGCUGGAAAGCCUGAUGCAGGAGGUCGUGCAAUUGAAGUGCGAUAAAUUGGACCUGUUGCGACAGAACGUGGUAAGUGUCGGAUUUUUACCUCUCCGAUCGGAGUAUUGA